AUUAUCCCGUUCCAACACUACCAACAAAGCCUGCCUGCUUCACUCACUGUACGUACGUACAUAGCAAUCCAUGCACCCAGUCGGCUGCGCGCAAACAACACACAUUUGCACCUCCGCACCUUUUCUUCUUCUCCCGUCCGUCGCUGCUACCACGCUUCGUGCCGUCCCACCCCGUUCUCUCUCCCCCUCGAUCGCGCCUGCCACCUAGUACCUGUCAGCUGCCAGUCCUGCCUGCCUGCCUGCCUGGAUCGAUUCCGCACACACAGCGCGACCCCGCCUCCGCAUCAAAUCAUGGCCAAGUCGCGAAAGGACGUCAAGUUCCAACAUCGCAGCACCAACGGAAAGCCGCGACGCUCCUCCAUGAGCGUGUCAGAGAUCAGCGAGAAUGCCUCUGAGCCAGGCAGCCCAACCAAGAAUGGCGCCGCACUCAGCAAAUCCGAGCCAACAAUACCAGAGCCCCCGCCUGCUCAAUCCGACUAUGAAAAGAAAAAGGCAAACUUCGUCGAGCGUACCGUAUGGACCUUGAUCAUGAUCGCCUUCUUCUUCGGCGCCAUGUCCUCCGGCCACAUCUACAUCAUCAUCAUCGUCACCGCUGUCCAGAUCAUAUCUUUCAAAGAGGUUAUUGCCAUAUCAAAUGUGCCCAGUCGCGCCCGUAGCCUUCGCUUCACCAAGUCGCUGAACUGGUAUUUCCUCGGUACCACAAUGUACUUUUUGUACGGCGAAAGCGUAAUAUACUACUUCAAGCACAUUCUGCUCGUCGACCGCGUCCUGCUACCCCUCACAACCCACCACAGGUUCAUAUCUUUCAUGCUGUACAUUAUUGGCUUUGUCUUUUUCGUCUCUUCCCUGCAAAAGGGUCACUACAAAUUCCAAUUCAGCCAGUUCGCCUGGACCCACAUGGCCCUUUUCCUCAUUGUUGGCCAAGCCCACUUCGUUAUCAAUAACAUCUUCGAAGGCUUCCUCUGGUUCUUCUUGCCCGUUUCCAUGGUCAUCACAAACGACAUAUUCGCUUACCUGUGCGGCAUCACCUUUGGCCGCACUCCAUUGAUCAAGAUAUCCCCAAAGAAGACAUGGGAAGGCUUCCUUGGCGCCUGGUUCUUCACUGUCAUCUUCGGCCUUGGAAUGACUUCUAUUUUGUCCCAGUACAAGUACUUCAUCUGCCCAGUCAAUGAUCUCGGUGCGAACGUGUGGACUGGCUUGGAAUGCACACCCAACCCGGUUUUUAUCCCCAAGAAGUACACCGUCCCCUUUAUCCCAUCCGGCCUGCCGAUUCCCAACACCUACUCGAUCAAGCCUGUUCAAUUCCACAUUCUUGCUCUGGCUACUUUCGCUUCGCUCAUCGCACCGUUUGGUGGCUUCUUCGCGUCAGGAUUGAAGCGUACGUUCAAAAUCAAGGACUUUGGCGACAGUAUUCCAGGUCACGGUGGUAUGACGGAUCGUAUGGACUGUCAGUUCAUCAUGGGUACCAUUGCCUUCUUCUACUACUCUAGCUUUGUUGCUACCAACAACACAAGCGUGGGAAGUGUCUUGGAGGCCGCUAUCACAGGCCUCACCCCUGAGGAGCAAGUUGAAGUUGUUAGAAUCCUAGGAAAACACUUGGUCAACCAUGACUUGUUGUCACCAAAGAUUCUGGAAUUCCUCAGUUUACCGGCCAGGAGAUGA